GUUAAUGCCUUCAUUUUUACACGUGUACCUAUUCUUCAAAGCUAUGAUUAAUGACACUUUAUCUAUUCUUCGUGUCAGGAUGAACUCGACUCAAUAAACUCUGAAGCUUCUAAAGCUAAGUUAGCAUGCUUGUUAGCUUAGCUUGCUAGCUGCUAACAAAUACACACGGAAGUUUUGAACACAUCGCUAACAGACACCAGUGUGAAUGUAAAGUGAAGUGAAAAUAUGUAAAAUACAAAUUCUAAGAGUGCUGGUGAAUACAUGCCGAACUGUGGUUUUGGAAUAAAUAUUUGUAGUGUUAGAAAGUUAGCAGAGUUCGAAUAGGAGGAGAACUGUCGACAACGUCAACUACUGGACGCUGUUUUCAAGAAGCAUUAAGUUCUGUUACACAAAACAGACGUCUGUGAAGAACAUCUUAUCCCUGAGCAGCAGGUGUAAACCUCCAGGAUGAAGCAGCCCCCCCAUAUUAAAAAAGAAGAGGAGGAGCCGCAUCUUCCCCACAUUAAAGCGGAAGUUGAGGAGCUACAGCGCCCACCCAUUAAGGAGGAAGAAGAGGAAUACAGCAUCAGUCAGAAUGGAGAGCAUCAUGAAGGAAUGGAGGUUGAUAUCUCCAAGAUUCCAUUGAAUGUUGUCAUUGUGAAGAGUGAAGAUCAUGAGGUCAAAAGUGAAAGUGAGGAGAAGAGAGAGGUGGAGCCUCCAAGCAGCAGCUCAACUCAACACAUGACAACAGAAGCUGAUGGAGACCACUGUGGAGGAUCACAAGCAGACAAGCUCUUAGCUCCAUUAUCAGAUAGUGAUGACAUGACGUCACACUCUCCUGACACUGAUGACGAAGACUCUGAAGCUGAUACAACAGGUCACACUGACAACACACACUUUGAACAUGCUCACUGUGGCAAAACCUUUAAUUACCGUUGUAAUCUGAAAACACACACGAGAACACACACUGGUGAGAAACCUUUUUCCUGUGUAAGCUGUGGUAAAAGUUUUACACAUAAUCAUCAUUUGAAAGCACACUUGAGAAUACACACUGGUGAAAAACCUUUUUCUUGCUCGUUUUGUGGUAAAGAUUUUACACAAAAUCAUAAUUUGAAGACACACAUGAGAAUACAUGCUGGUGAAAAACCUUUUUCUUGUUCAUUUUGUGGCAAAGGUUUUACACAAAAUCAUCAUUUGACAGUACACAUGAGAACACACACUGGUGAAAAACCUUUUUCCUGUUCAAUUUGUGCUAAAGGUUUUACACACAUUAUUAAUUUGAAAUCACACAUGACAACACACACCGGUGAAAGACCUUUUUCUUGUUCAAUCUGUGCGAAAGGUUUUACACAACAUUCUCAUUUGAAAACACACAUGAGAAUACACACUGGUGAAAAACUUUUUAGCUGUUCAAUCUGUGCUAAGAGGUUUACACACAAUAAUUAUUUGAAAGCACACAUUACAAUGCACACUGGCAAAAAACCUUUUUCGUGCUCAGUCUGUGCUAAAGGUUUUGUACGAAAAUAUACUUUGAAAAAACACAUGACAACACACACUGGUAAAAAACCUUUUUCGUGCUCAGUCUGUGCUAAAGGUUUUGUACGAAAAUAUACCUUGAAAAAACACAUGACAAUACACACUGGUGAGGAAGUGUGAGUUGCAGUGUGUGUGAUGAAAGAUUCUCAAAAGUACCAGUGUAAGAAGUGUAACACAAUCUUGUUAGUGGGUUUCUACCCUUGGUAGGUUUGAUUUUUAAGAUUGGUUUUAUGUAUGUUAUAAUAAUGCAUUAGUUUACAACAUUGUGUACAUUCAUUUUAAAAAGCACAUUUUCAUUGAUUGAAAAUGGGACUGAAGAAUCAUCUUAUUUUGACUAGCCGUAUUAACUUUUUUUUUAACAUUCCUUUUAAAACUAUAAACAGAACAAAACUUUUGUUGCAUGAAAAAGCAUGGAUUGUGCGUACAGAAUAAAUGAAGUAUGUUUUACACAUUUAUUUAGGUUUUUAAUUAAAGUGUUGCAUGUUUUCAUUUUUAAUUCUAAAUAACUUCAUCGAUGAUGAAAUUAUUGUGAUGUACAUAUUUGUUUCACAUUGUUUCAUGCUUUUGGAGCCUAUCUCAGCUGCAUUCGUGCGGAAGGCGGGGUACACCCCGGACAAGUCGCCACCUCAUUGCGGGGCCAACACAGAUAGACAGACAACACUCACAUUCACACAGUAGGGCCAAUUUUAGUGUUGCCAAUCAACCUAUCCCCAGUUGCAUGUUUUUGGCAGUGGGAUGAAGCCGGAGUACCCAAAGGGAACCCACGCAGUCACGGGGAGAACAUGCAAACUCCACACAGAAAGAUCCCAAGCCCGGGAUUGAACCCAGGACAACUAAGGACCUUCGUAUUGUGAGGCACAUGCACUAACCCCUGUUUCACCGUGCUGCCCUGUGCAAUCUGCUAAUAAAAGUUUCAAUCAAUCAAUCAUAACAUGGUCACUACUGCCUACUUUGUCUUGUUAUAUUCUUAUUUUACUGUUAUAUUGAUAUUCCCAUUGUUUUUAUUCUUUUUGUAAUAUUUAUCUAUUUUGUUUCCUUUUAAACCCCCAUUAUUUACUUUUUACUUUUUUUUUUCUUUAAAUUGAUCUCAACUCUGUACACUGCUGCUGGAAUUUUAAUUUUCCUGAAUGAACUCUCCUGAAGGAAUCAAUAAAGUACUAUCUAUCUAUCUAUC